AACAACUUCCGGGCCACGAGGAUUGUCGAAAAGGUUAAAAGUCGCGCAUAAUGCGCAUAAACAUAAUUAUUUCGUUUGUUGUUGUCAACUUGUAGCUAGCCAGAUUUUUUUUAUACACUUACUUGCGAUACAUCCUCAAAGCUACUGAUAUCAUGGAUGAGUUACACAGACAUCGUUCUCUUUACAAGGGGACGACUCCACCAUGGAAGGAAACCUACAGAAAGCGUUGCGUGGACAGGUUGAAGAACAGCCGAUCCCGGUUACUGGAGAAGUACCGACAGAUGGGAGAUAGUCAACACUGCAGCGGCAAGGGCUCUGUCCUCGUCCAGGAGGUGAUGGAGGAAGAGUGGAAAGCGCUUCAGUCAGCCAACCGAGGGCUGCCCUCCCUGUGGAGUAAAGACUGCAUGGAAGAGGUGUACAGUGUCAUGAAGGAAUAUGAUGAACUGGCAGUGUUUGAAGAAAUCCAACAGGAACUCAUGUCUCAAGAGCACUCCAUCAUUGAGGAAUAUGAGAAAAGCAUGCGGUUUGAGGAGCAGUACUUGAAUUCAGUUGUGGAAGGGAUGGAAGGGGGGAGGCAAAUCAUAUGUCCUGUAUGUCAUGUACACAACCUAACCGUGAACAGCCAUUUCACCUCCUGUCCCUGUGGGCUUUACAUCAACACAAGGCAAAGCAACGUGACCCUAGAGUCUCUGCAGUGUCUGUUGGAGAGGCGGGUAACCGAACACAUGGAGGACUGUCUUCAUAACCCCGUCUUCUCCGUGGCCUCCGGUGCAGAUAGCCCGCCUAACCUCAUGAUAAGCUGCAAGGCUUGUGACUACCUGUCCAUAGUUCUGUGACUCACCUGUCCUACCAGGUGAAAAGUCUGAUUUUAAUCGUCCUGUGUCCGUGGGAGGAUUUUUGUUCUCUGAAAUAAACUUGUGUAUUUGUACAGCAA